CAAACCGCACGCUCCUUUUCACCACAAGGCCUUUUUCGCCCUCUUCAGCUUCAUUCUCCCUCGGCACACGAGGACACCCGAGGCUCAGGACGACAAGCAGCACCUCGUCCUCUCUCCCGCCUUCCGACUACGAUUUUAAUCAACUCAUUCACUUUUUCUUUUUUUCCUGCCCUGUCCAUCUCGUCGUUGCGCUUUUUCUGAUGCCGAUUGCCACCUCUCCAUCCGUGUUGCCCCGUCCUGCCACCUUCGCCAAGAUGGAGGACAGGAAGAGACCCGCGUCUGGCGCGGUCGACGACGGCGCUCCGCCGAGCAAGCGACAAGCCGUUAAUGGAAGCAGCAAGUCCAAGGAUGAUUCCGGCGACAUGAGAGAGGAGGCCUGGAUUGAGGAAUAUCAAAAGGGCGCGAUAUAUCGGCAGAUGCUGGAAUACAAGCGAGAAAAGAUCAACCUCGAAAAUCGCGUCCAGGAACUCGAGAAGAACUCGACUGAUCACGACGACCAUAUCCGGAUAGUCGACGCUUGGGUGCUCCAGCUGCUGCAAGAAAUCGAGCUGCUUGUUGAGGGCUCAGUAUCGUCCACCAGUUCAGCAGAUCUAGCACCAGGAUCCGCGCUUGCAUUCAAGGACAGCAAAGACUUUCAGAGGCACCUCGGCGACAAGGGGAAGGCCUUCAAGUCAAAGUCGGAUGCGAUAUUGAAGCGGCUAGCGAGCGCGCGGGGCGAAGUCAAGCCGGAGGUUUCAGAACUCGAGUCCCAGAUCAGGUCUCUGUUGGCGCAGCAAAAAGAGUUGAUCGUCAAAGUCGACCGGCUUGAGGCACAAAAUGCAUCACUUUCGGAGCAGUACGACAAGGCGACGUUGAAGGUUAUCAAGGCGGAACGCAAGCUGGACCGGGCAAGGAGCGCCCAAGUACAGAAACUGGAGCAACAAGCGCUGGCUGGGUCCACAGCUCACGCAGCCUCAAAAGACGACAGUGGUGCCAGUUCCGGUGCCGCGAAUGGGGACAACGAGGCGCUCAAGCUGCAAUAUCAAGAGGCAAUGGCCGUUGUGGCCAAGCAGAAGGAGCAACUCGAAGCCGCGCUAUCCGAGAACAAGGCUCUGAUCGAGGAGAAUUCGACCUACAAGAUUAAGAAGGAGGCUGUGACGGACGAGGAGUAUGCCCGGACCGAGCUCUUCAAGCAGUUCAAGGCACAGAACGAGGAUCUGAUCAAGCGCAUCAACCAUCUCGAGGCGACCAACAAGCAGCUGCGGGAAGAAGCGGAGAAACUGCGGGGCGAGAGAAGCGAGUGGAAAACCAAGCUCGAACACGAGGCGCAGGUCGCCACCCUGGAGCUGGAGGACCAGCUUCAGCAGAAAGACCAGGAUCUCACCCGCAUUCGCUCUGCGCGCGACGAGCUCAUGGCAGAGGUAGCCAUGCGCAAGGCUAGCCAGGACCAGGAGAAGACCGCCCUGGCGCAGAUCAAGGAGCUCUCCGAGGCACAGGUAGAUCGCAUUGCCCAGCUGGAAUCGGAACUCGAGAGACUACGGCCAAACGAGGACACUGCCAUGACGGAUCCCCGCCCAGAUCUCGAGGCCCUGCCGGUGGAAGAACUUCGGCAAAGAUAUGUGAAAUUAGAAAAGGACUUUGAGGCUAUCAACAAGGAAUUGCCACUUCUGGAGAAGUCGUAUAAGAAGUCGAUGGCCCUAGCGCACAAGAAGGUCAUGGAUUUCCACCACCUCGAGGAGCGGGUCGCGACGCUUACGGCUGAGAAGAGCAAGGCGGAUCAGAAGUAUUUCGCGGCCAGAAAAGACAUGGACAUCCGCACCGCCGAGAUCCGGACAUUGCGGGCGCAAAAUGGCAAGAGCUCCGAGAUCAUUUCUCAGCUGAAGGACGUCGAGGCGCAGAACCGGGCUCUUAUCAGCAGCCUUGAGAAGCAAAUCGCGACGUUGAAGAAUGAACUCUCAACCGCGAUGAUGGAGAGGAAGAGGCUAGAGCAGGUGAGCACAGAGGCGACACGACGAGCCGACUCGUGCAAGUCGCAGAUAUCUAGCCUCGCCGACCUGGUCAAAGCCAAGGACGCGGCGGUCGCGUCCAUGAAGGAGCAGCUCAUGAAAGUUGAGACGGAGCUGGAAAAGGCCAAGGUCGACGUCAAGGAGAUCAGCAAAGAGUGCCACAAGUGGAAAGUCAAGAGCCAGAGCAACUCGUCAGAAGAGGAGGAGGCACUGAGGAAUUUGGUGAUUUGCUCUGUCUGCCGAAGCAACUUCAAGAACACUAUCUUGAAAGGGUGCGGUCACGUCUUCUGCAACAACUGCGUUGACGACCGGCUCGCGAACCGGAUGAGGAAGUGCCCGAGCUGCAACAAGGCAUUUGACAGGUCCGAUGCCAUGCCCGCCCAUUUAUGAGCAAGC